AUGAACCAUGGGAGACUGACCACUGAGACAGUAUCCUCUCUUCUAGAGCACCAGAAAGUAUUGCUGAACGAUGGUAAGGGGUUUGGUAGAAACGGAACCACCGCAUCUAGUAUUAGUGGCUUUCCUAAUGAUGGUGCCAACAUUAGUUAUCGCUUAGGGGAGUCGGGUGUAGGUGGUGUCUCACCGUCACCACCAUCCCCGCAAGCUAGGCGCCCAAGACCGCAGUCGGCCGCAAGGUAUGAGGGGUCAGAUGAUUGGAAGCAGAGCCCAGCAUACGGUGGCCAUCGUGAUGGAGGCUACUUUAGCCGCAGUUACGGCGGCAGUAAUGGCGAAUUACAUAGUCAGAGAUAUAGCGAGCAUCCUCAUGGGCAUUCUAAUUCAGCGCGGAGGCGCUAUGGGGAGAAUAGCUCCUAUGUCACAGAGGAUGGGAGUGAUGUAAACGGAAGUUUUCUCCGAAGUGCCUCUUUUUCCGCUUCGGUUGCAGAGUCGUCUAGCUCCCUGCUCUUUAGUCCGAGCACUCGCUCCACCACGCACCGCUCUGGAUCUGGCACCUCAGCCUUCCGCGCUGUUAGAGGGUCUGCAGAUGUGCCGCUGCUUCUCGCUUCGACAUUGUCGGAAAAACAAGCAACACGAGUUCGAGCCUCCCUCCAAAACAGCGGUGGGCGAACUCAGAGUGGAACGAGGGUAAAGGUGCUUGAGCUCUUGGAGUAUUGGAUGAGUGACGUGAUGACGGGAGCCGCGAUUGAGCGGUUGAUCGCGGAGGCAUUCCGAGACGCUGGGCUCACGGAUGGUGGCACUGCGACGACGGAGAAUGGCUCCAGUCGAGGCACCGAUGCACGCAUUGGGACGGUCAAGACUGCAGAUUUAAGGCCACGCCCUCCGCCGGAGGAGGACAAACCGAUUCGGUGCGACGUCACGUAUCAAUCGUCAUCGUCGUCAUCAUCAUCGUCAGGCUCUUUAUCACGUGGUGGCGUAGAAGCAAAUCGGGGAGAGGAAGAGAUGAGGGGAAAUUAUAAUCAACCGUUGUCGCCAUCGCCAUCGCCGUCGCCGCCGCCGCCGCCGCAACGGCAACGGCAACGGCAACUGCAACUGCAGCAACAGCAGCAGCAGCGGCAAUUAGAAGGAAGGAGAGGAGGUGUAGAAUCGCUUCGUGAGAGGGACGCAAAGGUGGAGGUGACCCCUGCGCCUUCCAGGAGCGAAACACCGUGUGCACAGCGUUCUCCUGAUGCUGAGCCAAUGGUGCCAUCGCCUCGACUGCCUCUUCCAAGUCCGCCACUGGCUGCGCCUAUCAAAGUGUCGCCACGUGCAGCCACCGUACAAGCUCCUGUUUCCAGGCUGGUGACGUACGAAGAUGUCCCGCGUUUCUAUUUUCCCAAAGGUGCACCACAAGCAGAAGAAGAGACGCUGAUGGGCCCCAUGAGGAAGAAACAUGAUAAUCCGCAUCUACAGGUGGUGGAGGGGAUGGCGCUCCCUCGGGCUGUGUACACUGCCGGGGAGGACCGUGCCGCUUUCAUGAGUAGCGAUGUUCUACCGGGGCGAAGGACAAGAGCCGUCCCGAUUGCCCCUCUGAAGGCAAUGAAUGACAAGAAUGUCCCACACUUCUUACAAAAAGAGUUUAGUCGUCUUCCAGCGUCACCCAAACCUCAUCAUGGCACACGUCCUCUUAGCGCACAUGGAAAAGGGUUUUUAGGUCUCAGCAGCGGCUUGCAGACGAGGCAAGGACUGAAUUACAGGAUGCAGCUGACGCAGGCGAUGCAACGAAUCUGUACGCAGUGUUUCGGCCUCCCUAAAUACUUUGCCUAUCUCUUGGUGAGAAUCCUGCAGGCGGAGACAGCGAGUGGGAAUGCGGGUACGAGGACUAACCGCAGUAGCUCAUCCGUCGCGUUAUCCGCACCGACCUUGUUAACGGGAUUGCCUUCUUCAUACCAGGUGCACAUUACGGCACAACAACUUCGGUGGCUGUUUGAAACCCACUUGCGUGAUCGGUGUAUUACCCGCCGGGUGUUCGAGGUCCUUCUUCUUAGUUCUCGCACUACCACAGGUGACUCUAAGAUGGCUGCUGAGAGCGAUAACGGCUCAACGACAGCGUCAACUACUGAGCUGCAACAACAGGGGCAGCAGCGGUCUUACUUGUUGCCAGAAGAUUUUCGUGCAUAUAUUGAAGUUCUACUGGAGCACCACCCAGGUCUUGCCUUUUUGAAACAGACACCUGAUUUUCAAGCGAGGUAUAUGGAGACGGUUAUUUACCGCAUUUUCUACAGCCUCGACCGUCUUGAUCGUGGACACAUCACGUACGCGGAACUGGAAAAUUCUUCCUUCCUGGACGCUAUUCGUCAGGUUGAUGCAACAGACGACAUCAACUCUGUCCUGCUUUACUUCUCCUACGAGCAUUUCUACGUUCUGUACUGUCGGUUUUGGGAGCUUGAUGAGGACCGGGACAUGCUGCUCUCCCGUGAGGACUUUAUGCGGUAUGCUCCAGAGAACGUGAUGAAUCCCAUUAUCGCAGACCGUACCUUUAACGGCGUGGGCCGCCGAGCGAAAUGCACGGCAAAGAACCGAAUCAACUACGAGGAUUUUGUUUGGUUUUGUCUAUCCGAGGAGGACAAGUCUACGCCAACGGCGAUACGGUACUGGUUUCGCAUCCUUGAUCUAGACGGCGAUGGCGUCCUUUCCAUGUACGAGCUGCGUAUUUUCUACGAGGCGACGAGAAAGACGGUGAUGGACUUCGUGCCGGACGGGGCCGCGGCAUUUGAAGAUGUUAUCUGCCAAAUCUUCGACAUGUUUGGCGUUGAGGCGUCCUGCGGGCUGCGUCUUCGAGACCUCCUUGCGAAGCCCGAGGCGGCAGGGGUGGCGCUCAACAUGGUGACCAACGUGGUGCGCUUUUUGCAGUUCGAGCAGAAGGACCCGUUCGUUGCUCACCAGGAGCGUCUCAGCGGCGGUCUGGAGCAGACGCCGUGGGACCGUUUUGCACGAGUCGAGUACGACCGCAUGGCGCAGAGUGUUGGGAACGAGUGA